GGCAGAGCCACUACCUCGCUCACACAAGAACCUGACGACAACCCUGAAACAGCGCGGGCAAUGGGAACUGCAGUUACAGGAAUAUUGGCAGCGUUGCUGCUAACCUCCACCCUCGCACUACCCCCCAAGAGGUUACGUCGCAACACGGCAGCAGAUACAAGUAAUUUUGUUGGAGAAGGAACAAAUGAUCUGGCUACAGCAAUUUUGCAGGGGUACGUGGAUACGGAGUCGAACCUGGCCUUCUCGCCCUUAGGAUACGCAGCUCUGCUCGCUAUCAUGGCAGAGGGCGCGCGUGGAGAUACGAAGGAACAGCUUGACAACGCCCUCCAUCUCCCUAAGGACCCUCAGGUUACUAGAAUCGCCUACAACACCGUACUGAAGCGUCUCAAAGUUAAGGACUCGGUAAACCAUCCUGAGUUUCGGAACUGGUUCUACGUGUACAAGAACUUUACCGUAGAAUCUGAUUACAAGACCAUCAUUCAGGAGAACUAUCUUACGGAACUUAAGGAUGUGGACCGUGAUGACUCGGUGGUUCCCGAAAAGUUGACAAAUGAUUCAAUGACACCCGAAAAUUCGGCGGCUGAUUCAAUGAUUCCGGAAAAGUCGGUAGAUGAAUCAGUAAUCCCUGAAAAGUUAGAAGGUUCCAGCGUGUCUGAAACAACAGAGGUAACAGUGGUAUCAGAUAAAACUACUGACGAUGAUAACAUUACAGAGAAAAUAGAAGAUCCAAUGCCCAGCGCUGAGUCAGAGGAAAUUAUGCAAGUUUCUGAUGGGGAAGACCUCGCAGAGCCAAGUAAAAAUGGCCCACUGAAGAUAGUAUUUCCGAUUCCUUUCCCAGAAAAACUGAAGUUAAGGAAGAUGUACGAUGAUAGGGAAGCCAGCUCUUCUGGGGCAGUUAUGACAAUGCAAGAAGAAAUGUUGGGAAACAAAGGGGAGGAAGAGAAGGCCACUUCAGAGAAGAAAAGUGAGAAGACGGAAGAAAUAAAGGAUGACAAGACUGAAGCUGAAAACAAAGAUAAAAUAAAGGAGACAGAGUCGAUGAAUGAAGAAAUGGAAAUUCCAAAUGAUGAAAUGAAAGAAGGAGAUGGCGUGGGAAUAAAAAAUGAUCAAAUUAAGGAAGAUAAUACGAUGGAGGUUAUGAAAGAAGAGACAAAAGAUAAGAUGGAAGGAAUGAAAGAUGAUAAAACUGAAGCAAUGAAAGACGAUAAACUACAGGCAAUGAAGGACAAAGAAAUGGAAUCAAUGAAAGUUGAAAACGUGGAAGAAAUGAAGGAAGAAAUGAUAUCAGAUAAAGAGAAGGAAAACGACAAGAAAGGUUCGAUGUCUGACGGAAUCACAGAUGAAAUAACAAAGGACAAUAUUAAGACGGAAGAGGUUGUGAUGGAAGACAAAGAUAAAAAGAACGAAGAUAUGAUUACCGGGGUUAUGAUGAAGGAGGAGAUGAAGGUGGAUACUGAGAAGGAUACUACGUCGUCAAUGGGUCGGAAGGCCAGGCAUCUCGAUUUGCGUCGGCUGAGUCGAGGAUAUCUUCAGACUGAUGACGUCUCAUCCAGUCUUUCCGGCAACAACAUCGUUAGAAAAGACACCAAAAGCGAGACGAUCUCUGAGAUGGUAGUGUUCAACGGCCUGUUUUUCAAGGGAACUUGGACGACGCCAUUCGUGCGCCAGAAAGAGGAUUCCUUCUAUAAGUCAGCCAGCGAAAAGAGCACAGUAACCAUGAUGAACACAAAGGGCAACUUUAGCGCGGGCAAUGUGCCCGAGUUGGACAGCGUCGCCAUCGAAUUGCCCUAUAAGGGUGGCCGAUAUUCUCUCCUUAUUCUCAUCCCCAACUCCAGGACAGGUCUCAGUCAACUAACCUCAGACCUCGCUGGCUAUUCCUUGAAGAACGUGCAGAAACACCUACAAUUCCAGGAGGUCGAAGUGAGCCUGCCUACCUUCGAGAUACAAACCAUAACCAAACCAAUCGAAGCACUGAAAAAGUUUGGAGUGACCGAUGUCUUCAGCAAGGAAAAAGCUGAUCUGUCCGGAAUAUCCAAGGACUCUGGCCUGUUUGUCGGGGAACUUGUCCAACAGGUUACUGUCAAAGUGGAUAAUGGCAGUAGCGACUAUAAUUACAUUACAGCGGAGAGUAUCUCUACCCGAUCGGAAGUGUUUAAGAUCGCAGCCGAUCGUCCAUUCCUCUACUUCGUCCGGGACACUGAGGGCAACCUGAUUGUUGUUGCUGGUAAAGUCACCGACCCGUCGCGUCCAAUUGCGGACCCUCGGAUUUUCCAUGAAUCCUCGCGACAACGCAGAGCGUUGGAGCACGUCCGUGGCAGACCUCACAGAAGGCUUCCAGGCACACGCAUCAUGUGGACACGUGCGUGGAUGGUGCCUAUAGUGGCGCUCUGCCCCUGGGUACUGGCACCGCCGACGGCAGGCAUCGACAGCGCCACCAGUCAAGAGAUUGCUGACGCCUCGACGUCGUUCUCACUGGAAUUACUGCAGGCGAUAGUUCGAAGACAGGCGGGUAACGUGUUGGUGUCACCUGUAAGUGUCUCCAUCUUGCUCGCCAUGCUGCAACAGGGAUCGCGUGGACGGUCCAGGGAUCAGUUAAACGCCGUGCUACAUGCAGUGCCUGACCGAGCUCUUGAAGGGUAUGGCCACAUCGUUAGGAGCCUCAAGAAGCAAAAGACGAGCUCCCUGGUGCUGGAGUUCGGCAACAAGAUAUACUUAAAGUCUGAUUUUGAGCUAAUGCCAGAGUACAAACAGAUGCUCGUAAGAGACUUCCUAUCUGAUAUUGAGACGACUGAUUUCCUGAAGCCUGUGGAGGCUGCCAAACAAAUCAACUCAUGGGUAUCCAACGUCACACACAACAGGAUUUCUUCUAUACUUGAUCCAGAUGCAAUUUCAGCAAGGACGCAGCUGGUGUUAGUGAAUGUGAUAUUUCUGAAAGGAGUGUGGCUCACUCCUUUCAGAACAGAGAACACUGCUGAAAGGAGCUUCAGCCCGAGACCUGGGGUUGAGAUUAAAGUUCCCAUCAUGCAUCACACUGGCAAGUUCAGGGCAGGAGAUGACCCCAGUCUGGGUGCCAAGUGGGUCGAACUACCAUUUGACGGCGAAGAGUUCUCCAUGGUGUUGGUACUUCCAAAUGAGAAGCAUGGUCUGGACAGGCUGGUUUCUCAGAUGAAGCCUCAACACCUGUCCAACAUGUUAGGUACCAGAGGCACAAAGCAGGUCUACCUUGCACUACCUCGCUUCAAGCUCACCACACAGAUGUCACUAGUUCCCACACUGAAGGAGCUCGGCCUCACAGAUGUGUUCACCACUAAUUCAAAUCUUGGAGGAAUUACUACACAAGAAGGCGCACUUACUGUGUCUGAUAUCGUCCACAAGGCAGAACUUGAGGUGAAUGAAAAAGGAGGGACAGCUUCAGCUGCGACAGCAAUUCUGGUGGCUACUCUAAGUCUGGUGGUGAACCCAGAUGAGCUGCAAUUCAAUGCCAACCACCCCUUCCUGGCAAUAAUCGUGCACCGCGUGAAUUCUGUGCCACUGUUCGCAGGAAGAGUGUCAGACCCAUCAAUAUCAUAGUCUCUACAUCGGGGGAACAGCGGACAUAACAUGCGCAGAAAGUGAGGACAACGUAAUUUCAUUGUGAUGAAUGAAAUGUAGUGAUAAACAAAGGAUGGAAUUACAGUGACUUCACAGACAUAUUUAAGUAAUUACUUAAUGAAACUGUAGUAUAUGAAAGACUAAUUUCUUAUUUCUCUUAUCCAAAUAAAGUAAUAAAAAGGUU